AUGUGUCGUCUCCUUCUCCCACUCCGCCUCCAGAGCGGCCACCCUCCCAGCGCCCAGAGACCGCCGCUAAAUCACCUCACAGGGGGAACGAGUCGCAGCUACGGAGAGAAAAAAGAGUAUCGCGUGGAUCUAAUGAACUCCACAGAGAAUAAACACGGCUUUGACUACGGCUCUGAUCACGCAUUAAGUGCUCGCUUCCGUCGCACCUUCGCAGUGGUGCAGUUGUGUGGUAAAAGCACUGACACGUUCACGUUCAAAAACUCAGAUGGAGAGGUGGAGGAGAGCGCGCCGAGGUGUGUUGAGUCCGUGGCCCCUGCAGCUGGAGGCAGAGUGAUAAAUCCAGCGGUAUCAGACAGGCCCAGGCCAGUGGCAGAUAAAUGGGGCGGCCCCUACCCCAGCUCAGACGCACCCCUGUGGAUGCACUCUGGCGCUCCGGCCCUGGGAGGCUGGAGCAGGGCUGCAGGAUAUGAGCUGCCUAAAUGA